UUUUCUUUUUUGGCUAGUUUGUUUCAUUUCUCUCUUAUAAAUUUCAUUUUCCCUCACUCCACUCCUUCACCGAAAGGACUCCGUGAGCAACAGAGUAGCCCAUAGACGGCGAUGGAGCAGUUCAAAGGGCAGUCGCGUCUACCCAAAUUCGCAGUCCCCAAACGCUACGACAUCAAGCUGAAACCGGAUCUCACCGCUUGCAGAUUUUCCGGCAUUGUCGCCGUCGACGUCGAAAUUGUCGAAACCACCACCUUCCUUGUCCUGAAUGCCGCCGAGCUUUCCGUUUCUCGAUCUUCUCUCUCUUUUCAAUCACGGGUCUCAUCUCAGGUGUUCGAGCCUUUGGCGGUGCAGAUGUUCGUAGAAGAUGAGAUUUUGGUGGCGGAGUUUGCUGAGGCUCUUCCGAGAGGGAUGGGAGUUUUGAAGGUUGGCUAUGAAGGAACCCUAAAUGACAGAAUGAAGGGAUUUUAUAGGAGUACCUAUGAGCUUAAUGGGGAGAAGAAGAACAUGGCAGUAACACAGUUUGAACCAGUUGAUGCCAGGCGGUGCUUUCCAUGCUGGGAUGAGCCAGCUGUUAAGGCUACAUUCAAGAUCACAGUGGACGUGCCAUCUGAACUCAUAGCUCUUUCAAACAUGCCAAUAAUUGAAGAAAAACUGGAUGGUCAACUCAAGACGGUUUUCUUCCAAGAAACACCAAUCAUGUCUACGUAUUUGGUGGCAGUUGUCAUCGGUUUGUUUGAUUAUGUGGAAGAUCAUACAUCUGAUGGAAUUAAAGUUCGGGUAUAUUGUCAAGUUGGUAAAGCAAAUCAAGGGAAGUUUGCUUUGCAAGUUGCUGUCAAGACACUAGACCUGUACAAAAAAUAUUUUGCUGUGCCAUAUGCACUACCGAAGUUGGAUAUGAUAGCAAUCCCUGAUUUUGCUGCUGGGGCCAUGGAGAAUUAUGGUUUAGUAACAUACCGUGAAACAGCUUUGCUCUAUGAUGAGCAGCAUUCUGCAGCUGCUAAUAAGCAGAGGGUUACAAAUGUUGUAGCCCAUGAAUUGGCUCAUCAGUGGUUUGGCAAUCUUGUAACAAUGGAAUGGUGGACACAUUUAUGGCUGAAUGAGGGAUUUGCAACAUGGGUUAGCUAUUUGGCAACUGACAGCUUGUUUCCAGAAUGGAAAAUUUGGACUCAAUUUCUUGAUGAAAGUACUGAGGGCCUUCGGCUGGAUGGGCUUUCAGAAUCACAUCCCAUUGAGGUGGAAAUAAACCACGCUGCUGAGGUUGAUGAAAUAUUUGAUUCAAUAAGUUAUAGAAAAGGUGCAUCUGUUAUCCGGAUGCUACAAAGCUAUCUUGGUCCUGAAAGUUUUCAGAGGGCCCUUGCUUCAUACAUAAAAAGAUAUGCUUGCUCGAAUGCAAAGACAGAAGACUUAUGGGCUGUCCUUGAGGAGGAAUCUGGUGAACCUGUGAACAAGCUAAUGAAUUCAUGGACGAAGCAGAAAGGCUACCCAGUUGUGUCUGUCAAGAUCGAGGAUCAAAAAUUGAAGUUUGAGCAGUCGCAAUUCUUAUCAAAUGGUUCUGCUGGAGAUGGACAGUGGAUUGUACCAAUAACUUUAAGUUGUGGCUCUUAUGAUGCUCGCCAGAAUUUCUUGUUACAAACUAAGUCAGAAACUGUUGAUAUAAAGGAAUUGCUAGGUUGUUCAAUUACAGAGACAAGAGAUGGAGGGAAAACUAUUAAAACUGGUGCACUAUGUGCUUGGAUUAAACUUAAUGUCGACCAAACAGGUUUCUACAGGGUGAAAUAUGAUGACGAUCUUGCAGCUAGGCUUAGAUAUGUGAUAGAGAGCAUGUACUUGUCUGCAACUGACAGAUUUGGAAUUUUGGACGAUUCAUUUGCCCUGUGUAUGGCUCGUCAACUGCCUUUGACCUCUUUGCUUAAAUUGAUGGGUGCUUACAGGGAGGAACUUGAUUAUACAGUGCUUUCGAACUUGAUUAGUGUAAGUAAUAAAGUUGCAAGGAUUGCAGCAGAUGCUACUCCUGAUUUAUUGGAUUAUAUUAAACAGUUCUUUAUGAGCCUUUUCCAAUAUCCUGCAGAGAAACUUGGUUGGGAUCCUGUACAAGGUGAGGGUCACUUAGAUGCCAUGUUGAGAGGAGAGCUUUUGACUGCCCUCAUUAUGUUUGGCCAUGGUGCAACACAAGAUGAAGCAAGUAGGCGUUUUUAUGCAUUUUUAGAAGACAGAAAUGCACCCUUGCUCCCUCCAGAUUUGAGAAAGGCAGCAUAUGUAGCUGUAAUGCGGAAUGUUAGCACAUCAAACAGAACUGGCUAUGAGGCUCUUCUGAGGGUUUAUAGAGAGACUGAUCUGAGCCAGGAAAAAACUCGCAUUCUAAGUUCCUUAGCAUCUUGUCGGGAUCCUGACAUUAUCCUUGAAGUUCUCAACUUUUUGUUGUCCUCUGAGGUUCGAAGUCAAGAUGCAGUUAUUGGACUUGCUGUUAGUAUGGAAGGACGAGAGAUAGCUUGGACAUGGCUGAAGGAUAACUGGGAUCGUAUUGCAAAAAUGUAUGGGUCAGGGUUUCUACUUACCCGCUUUGUUGGCGCAAUUGUCUCACCAUUUUCUUCUCAAGAGAAAGCAAACGAGGUAGAGGAGUUCUUUGUGAACCGGGACAAAACUGCCAUUGCCAGGACCUUGAAGCAAAGCAUUGAGCGUGUUAACAUCAAUGCUAACUGGAUUCAGAGCAUUCAGAAGGAGGCUAACCUCGCAGAUGUGGUAAAAGAGUUGGUGCACAAGAAAUUCUAGGGAAAGUUUUGGUGUUAAAUACCCAAAAAUAUCAAACCGACCAAAACAGGAACUUAAUAAACGUGCAACAUUUGCAGCCAUCAUGUUCUUAUCAUGUGCAUUUUGGUGAUAUUGGAGUGGCUUCUUUUUUUAUAACAAAGUGUUCUAUUCUGAGUACCAUGCUGGUAAUUGAUGCAUUUUUACUUA